UACAGUUCAACAAUGGCCAUCACUGACAUCCUUUCUGCUAAAGAUAUUGAAUCUGCUCUCUCCAGCUGCCAGGCUGCGGAUUCCUUCAAUUAUAAGUCGUUCUUCUCCACGGUUGGCUUAUCCAGCAAAACUCCUGAUCAGAUAAAGAAAGUUUUUGGAAUCCUUGAUCAGGACAAGAGCGGCUUCAUCGAAGAAGAAGAGCUUCAGCUGUUUCUGAAGAACUUCUCUUCGAGUGCCAGAGUGCUCACCUCUGCGGAGACCAAGGCUUUCCUGGCUGCAGGUGACACUGAUGGUGAUGGCAAAAUCGGAGUAGAAGAAUUCCAGUCCCUGGUGAAGGCAUAA